AAUCAAGUGUGUGUAUCAAGAAACAAGUAGCCUUUGAUUACUUCUGAACUCUGCGCAACCCCUCUAUAUAUGUGAACCCCCCAUUUUUGUUGAUCUUAACUCAUCCACAACAACACAUAUAUACCGAGUGUUAUAGUAAAUUCAUCCAUCAUAUUUCGUCAAUUAGAAAUUAGAAUAUGACGAAAAACUUAACCACAAAAAUUCCGAUUGUGAACACCAUGGUAUUCACAAUCACACUCGUUAUAACACUAUACUCAAGCUGGGCAAGCGCUUAUGAAGGUUGUAGUAGUUCACAAUCAACAUGGGCGAAAACAGUUAGUCGCGGCGAGAGGCGAAAAACCACCAUAGAGUGUUACUACCACGAUACUAUCAGCGGAGAGUCACCAACUGCGGUGUUGAUUGCUCAGGCUAACGGGACUAGUAGUGAUAGUGCACCUUUGGCUUUUGGCAAACUAUUCAUGUUCGAUGACCCUCUAACUGUUGGGCCAGAACCUACUUCAAAGUUAGUGGGCCGAUCCCAAGGGAUGUAUGGGUCAGAUUCCCAAGGUGAAGUGGGCCUAAUCAUGGCAAUGGGGUUCGCUUUUAGUGAGGGUAUCUAUAAAGGGAGCUCCAUUAGUAUCAUGGUCCAUAACCCAAUUACGGUUAAACCUAGGGAGUUACCAAUUGUUGGUGGGACUGGGCUUUUUAGGCUGGCCCAAGGAUAUGCAGUGCCCAAUACUUAUAUGCUUGAUCUCUCUACUGGGGAUGCCAUUGUUGGAUAUAAUAUUACGAUUUUUCACUAUGCGAAGGAUUAUGAUCCGUUCAACGCAGUUUAUUCAUCUUAAUUUGUAUGUUGCAUCAUUACAUGUUCAUUGAUCGUUAUCUCAUUGUGGGUGUAAUAAAGCUCAACGAGCAUGUAUUAAUUUAAGUGAAUCUUCGUUCUAAACUAAUGAAUUAGAUUGAUAUCGAGUUGUCGAACUA